AUGGAGUUGCAGGUGGUUCACAGCACGGUCUUGGAGAUUUUGGAAUCAUCACAUUAUCCAUUGUUGGAUCAGCUAUCAUUUGUGCCAUUGGGAUGGCAUGCUACGUGUCCUUCAAGUACAAAAGAGGCAAUACAGCCAACAUUGGUGUUGCACAGAGGUCAACAACAACUGCAAUAUCACCCACCCCAACCUGCCAUUAUUGAUAGGAUGGGGUUAGAUGAAUCUACAAUGGAGUCUUAUGAGACGUUGGUACUAGGUGAGAGCCGACGAGUACCUUGUCUCAGUGACGGAUGUUGCACCAUAUGCCUGUCAGAUUAUAAAACCAAAGAGACAAUCAGAUGCGUUCCUGAAUGUGCACAUUGCUUCCAUGCUGAUCGCAUAGAUGAAUGGCUUCGUAUGAACAGAACAUGCCCCCUUUGUCGCAACUCUCCCUCCUCUCCUCCUUCUACUACUCUAGUUAUGUCCAGUAACCCUUGA